AUGGGCUGGUCUUCGCCAGACAGCUGGCUUACGCAGCUCUUUUCGGGCGAUCCCAUAAUAAUUCUCAUUGCCUUGCUGGUGACGAUAGCCCUCCCGUCAUUGGUUCAUCUCUACUUUUACACCCAAAAUGCCCGCUCCAAAGUCACUCCAACUUUCCUCCUCCUUGGACCCAGCGGUGCAGGCAAGACUUCACUCGCGUCCUUGCUGCAAAAGCGAUCCUCCAAUCCCGAGGACAGCGAGGCAGAUGCCGCCCUAACCCGCGUAUCCCAAGUCUCCUCCACUGUCAGCUUACUGCUUUCGCCCUCUAUCCCGCUUGGGUCCAAUAAAUACCGCUCCGAGAACGAUGCGCACCUCAAGGACAAGCAACCGACUCCAUAUGUCCUGAUAGAUACUCCAGGCCAUGGGAAAUUGAGAUUAGAGGCUGCGUUGUCCCAGAUCCAGAAUCCAGGGCUGCGCGGCGUCAUUUUCGUGGUGGACUCGACUGUCCUUGACGCCAGCGAUUCCUCGAUAUCCCGUGAUACGGCCGUCUAUCUGCAUGACACGCUGCUAGCGAUACAGCGCCGGAAGGCCAUAGCGAAGACCGCGACAAAGAUACCCGUGCUCGUUGCUGCAAACAAGCAGGACCUCUUCACGGCUUUGCCGACAGGUGCCGUCCGGGAGCGUCUGGAAACGGAGAUUGAGAGGGUCAGAGUGUCCCAAAGCAAAGGCCUUGGCAGGGUCGGUGAGGAUACAGAUGCCGAUACGGAGGAUGAUAUUCUCGGAGGUGGUGGAGAAGAGAAGUUCAGCUUCAAGCUGAUGGCCGAAGAGUAUGGGAUCAACAUUGACGUGCUCGGCGGAGCAGUCAAGGGCGAAGAAGCAGGAAAGGGCGUCAGAAGGUGGGAGGAAUGGAUCGGCGGCUGCCUGUGA